GGCUCCACGCUCGGGCGAGCGCGUGCAGUGACCGUCACUGAAUUGUGCAGCGUGCAGCAAGCAGUGUUAUCAAUACGGAAACCUGGACUGCUUCCUUAGAAAGGGCUCUCCAGCAGAGGGCACAGGGAAAUUUGAUGCAGCCCCUGCAUGUCCACCCUGUCGGCGCACUGUAUCUGCUGUGCGAGUAACACCUUUGAGGAUCAUGAAGAGUUCCCCUGAUCUCAUGCCCACUGAGCUGGACCCUACCCGUGUUUGCAAGGGAAUGGGUGCUGUUACUUUGAGGGCCACACUAGUGCAUAUCGAUGAUGAGGACGGCACAAGCCAAGAGCUAACCAAGAACACUGCCAAAAGUGGAUGGCUUGGUGCGGUCAAUGGAGAUCCCAUAGAAACAAGUCUUACUGAGAGAAGUGUAAACAACACUGGAGCUGAUUUAAAUUCAACUCCAGUCAAUGAGACACCAAGAAAGGUGGACUCACCUGUAAGUGAUGGUCAGUCUCUGCUCACAUCCUGCCUUGAUCAACCGAGUGCUGUUACCUCAUCAGCCAAAGUGUCCUCUUCAUAUCCCCCCACCAGCAGCAUCCACCAAACAAUCGUCUUGCUGAAGCACAGCAGAGAAGCUAUGGCGGAGCAGGGCAGAGGCACUAAUCGGAGCCCUACCGUCAGCCAGAAUAAAUCUUCCUCUGAGACUCCUGCAGACAUGGAAGGAAAGAGAAGGAGACUGUCUGAACAUUCAGCUGUCCCAGCUCCCAGAGUCCCAGUUCGGAACACAGAGCUGUCAAAGGACUGGUACAGAAACAUGUUCAAACAGAUUCACAAAGUCUCAGAGCCUGUCGAAGAAAAUCCAUAUCGUCCCACCUACAUAUUUCCAGAAAGCAAUGACAGGCCACUGAAAACCAGAGAUGAAAGGCCGUCAUAUGCUGGUGAGGAUGUGCGGGCAGUCCCUCGUUCCAAGAGUGCUGUAGAAAUGGGGAGCUCCAGAGGACAGCUGCCUGUGCCAACUCACACAUCUUCCCUAAAACCUCAGAGAAAUGAGUGGGAGCCCCCUGACAAGAAAGUAGACACCAGGAAGUACCGCGCCGAGCCCAAGAGCAUAUUUGAGUACGAGCCAGGAAAGUCUUCAGUGCUGAAGCUGGAGAGACCGACUCAGAACAUAAGUCCAGAAGAUGUAGAUUUAGAGAAUGAGCCUUGGUAUAGGUUCUUUUCUGAGAUGGAGUUUGGCAAAGCGAGUGCCCCCUCUUUCAGCCCCUUGGAAACAUCUUCUGACCUACAGCAAUACUCAGCCUGUAAAGCAGGCAACGGUGAAGUGGAGAAGAAGGACAGCUUGUCUGCCAGUGGGCAGGCAGCUCCGGAAUGUGACCGUCACAUUUACAAGAGUGUCCUGGAGGGCGGCGACAUCCCACUGCAGGGCCUGAGAGCGCUUAACAAGCGUCACCCCAGCACUUCUUCUAAAGUGGAUUAUAAAAGUGGGAAUGGCUGUAUGAUUUCAUCCUGCUCUUCUGUAAAUACUCACUCAGUUCAUGCCACUAAUUCACUAGCUUUUCAGUAUAAGGCUAAAAAGUCCUUGUCCGCUGCCAAAGCCUGCAUCCCUCAAAUCCUUCCCUCUAAGUUUAAGCCCAAGCUAUCGCCCUCUACUGAUGAGAGCCUGGAAAGACGAACCGAGUCGACACAACAGCGGCCUAAGGCACACAGCUGUGAAGAUCUGCAUCAGGAGGCUUGUGGUUCAUGCAAUGGAGAUACGACAGAUGCCGAUCACAGGUUAAAUUCAGCUUGCAAGGGCAAUGGUUCACCAGAGAGUAGGAACCUGCAUAAAAAUGGACCUGUUGUGGGAUUUGUGAGGAGCACAGCUGAGUUCUCCACCCUCUAUAGGAACAUGCACAACAUUCAGAGGCCGAGCUCCCUGGGCUCCAGCCCCCAAGGUAGUGUCCGUUGCCUGGCUUCCUUUUUUGAGAAGCCGGGGGACGACAUUACCCUGGAGAGGACUGAGAUCAUCCCCCGGGAUGCUGUCACGUUUCGGGUGAUGGAGUUUGAGCGUAUCAUUCAGUGUUCGAACUCUGUGCCCACUCGUUCUGCCUCGAUGCCCAUACUCCCUAGUAACCCAAGUCCUUCCCACAGCCCUGGACCGACCUGCUACCUCCAGUCUGCUCUAUCAGCUGAGACUCUACUCUUGCCAGGGCCUGCAAACACUGGGGACUGUCCAGCCAUGAAUACAGAGUCCCAGACCCCCAAAGAGGAAGCUUCUGUAUUGUAUGAGUGCCCAAACACCUCAAGAACUGACUUCCCUUUGGAUCUCAAUGAGGGCAAAUCAGAAGAGAAAAACGGUUGCAUUCAUGCCAAAGAGACGCGCUCCGGCAGUACCUCAAAACCCACAGGUCACCAUCACCACGAACACUUCCCCUUCCACACCAAACAAAGCAAGUGUAAAGGCACCUGCCCGGCUUCUUACACACGUUUCACUACAAUUCUCAAGCACGAGCGCCAACAGGCCAACACCCAGCAGCUGGAGAAGAAGUGCACCCCCCCUAGGAACUUGCUUCUGAUGGGACCAGCCCCUUUCUCUUUAAGGAGGUCCCUACACAGUCAACACGCCAAAAAGACUUGUGCACUCUCUGCCAUGAAGCCCAUGACCGGAGAUCUCAUCUCACCCAAGCUCAAGCCUUUGAUUCCCCAGCGCCUGUCCUCUUUGGAGGUGCUGGAGAGGCUCAGUAAUGGAGAGAGCUCUCCCUGUGAGGGGUGCAACUCGGAUGACCUCAUGGAUGUGGAGGGCUCAGAAGCCAGUAAAGAUCACUCUGAAGAAUCUGAUUCCUCACAUCCAUUAAGCCAAGGAGAUCAUGGAGAAAACUCAGACGAGGCAGUCAAGAAACGCUAUGGAGAUAAAGAGAAAAUUCUGGAAGAGCAGAGACGGUUAAGGCGAGAGCAGGAAGAGGCAGACACAGCUGCUCGGAGACAUGCUGGGCUGGUUGUGACUCACCAACAGUUCAUAACCAAUGACCGCUUUGGCGACCUGCUGGUUAUUAAUGAGAAAGAGAAGAGAAAAACCAUAGAGAGGAUUCCUGCUCUGGCACAAUUUGACUUCAGGGCAGAAAGUUUAAAGGAACUACCAUUUCAAAAGGGAGAUGUUGUAUACAUCUACCGGCAGGUCGAUCAGAACUGGUUUGAGGGAGAGCAUCAUGGGAGAGUUGGGAUUUUUCCACGCAGCUAUGUUGAGCUCUUGCCCCCUACAGAAAAGGCUCAGCCCAAAAAGAGCUCUCCUGUCCAGGUGUUGGAAUAUGGAGAGGCUAUUGCUCGAUUCAAUUUCACUGGUGACACUGCUGUUGAAAUGUCUUUCAGAAAGGGGGAGCGUAUCACACUGAUUCGCAGAGUAGAUGAGAACUGGUAUGAAGGCAAAGUUUCUGGCACUAACCGGCAGGGUAUCUUCCCUGUCACCUACAUAGAGGUGCACAAGAGACCCCGAGUGAAACAUGGAGUAGACUACCCCGAUCCCCCUCUCAGCCAGUCACCCCAUCGGAGCAAUAAUGCCUCUCCACAGCCUAUUCGUAAUCGGCUCACCACCUCCCCUCUUCCUCUCCCGCGGUCUCCCCGCCGCUCCAUCUCUCCUGAAGUCCACGCCAUCUCCAAUGAGUGGAUUUCUCUCACUGUGGGUGGAGUCAGCAGCAGCCCCCCCACCGCACCCACUCCACCCCUCCCACCUCUGCCUAGCACUUCAUACCGCUUGGGCGAAUAUCUGUCCCCUUCCAUGUCAGCCAGUCCCGUGCCUCCCAUCGAUGGCAGCCCCUACUGCAUCUCCCCCAUGGCUUCUCCCUCCACAUCCCCUUUACCCCCACCCUAUCUGCCCCGCCCCUACUCGGCCACCCCGUUCCUCACCUUCACUCCGCCUCAAGGCGAGGACUUCCUUCUUUCUCCACCCUCUCCCCGCCUGUCCCGCAGCCUGAGUCCCUGUGGGGGUGCAGGGCUUGAGGGUUGGCUUACUGGGGGCAACAGGCUGGAUCAGGAAUUUCAGGAAAGGGAUGGGGCUGAAAUAGACAGGGCUGGCAGCCUCCGCAAUGCUCCUUACAGCAGGAACAAUAGCCCAGCAGAGCCAUUUAGAAAUGAUGUAGAAUAUUAUGGGCGAUCUUCAAGAAGUCCUGUCAUGCUGUUUGACAUCCAAGACAGCAACAUGAAUGCCGAUUCAUUCACGGAGGCAGUGUGUAAUGAGAUCAUGAAUAUUGCAGAGACCUCAGUGAGGUACUGCAGCACUUUGUCACGGCCUAUAGACUCCGCCCACCGACUCCUGCCUCCUCCCAGUAAACACUCUCUCAUCAUUUCCCAGCAACCCCUGUCCCAGAGCAGCAGUCCUGAGCCUGGACGCAUGAGCUGUGGGGUAUUCCAGGCUCUGUACAAUUACAAGCCUCAGAAUGAUGAUGAGUUGGAGCUGCAGGAAGGAGACCUGGUCAGUGUCAUGGAGAGAUGUGAUGAUGGCUGGUUUGUGGGUACAUCCAAGAGGACAAAACAGUUCGGCACUUUCCCAGGAAAUUAUGUGAAGGCUGUUAAUUUGUGACAUGAUGCAUUUGAAGAAAUGAUGAUGAAUGUCCAGGUAUGUGAUCGGUAAGGUGUACGGCAUGUCAGCAAAGAACAUGCAGUUCAACUGUACUACAGUGGCAGCACUUGUUGAAGGAUUUAGAGGAAUACAUUGUUUUUCAGACUCCGCUAAAAGCCAUUAAUGUAAAAUAUAUCAGACUUGGAAAAGGUGUUUAAGUUUACAGCUGCGAAUUGUACUGGAGUACAACUUCAUCACAUACCUGACAUUACUGAAAAACAUGAAAUUCUAUAAUUAUUUUUUGCUGUGAAUGUUGAAGGACUUUGAGUGUUACCGUUAGAGAUGACAGUGUAUUGAAAGCACCUGAAGGUGUCCGUAUUAAGGGUUACAGGUCAGAGAAGCUGUUAAAGGACUGUAGAAGUUAGGUUUAGCCAUUUUAAAAAGUGUUUGAAUUUCAGUUUACACUCCCAUUGUGUAAAAAAAAAUGCAUAUUCAUGGAGCUUUUUUUUUUUUUUAAUCAUACCUCAUAAAGAAUAUGAUGUAAAUUUCUAAUGUGAUGAGGGCUCAGUGGAUGAGACGACAACAUUAGUAUUUGCAAAUCCAAGCAAAGCCAUUUGUAGACAUCAAAAUGAUGUAAAUCCAUGUUGGCCUUGUUAAGGAGGAAAACGUCACAGCACUUACUGUACUGUCAGAUUUUAUUGACAUACAAAAUUACAGUAACACUUUACAGUAAGGUCUGAUUUGUUAACAUUUGUUAAUUGGAUGAGAUGUUAAACCAAUGUCCUGUCUCUUUGUGGUCAUAAAAAGUCCCAGGAUGUCCCUCAAAAACAGUAGGGGUGUAACUGGGUGCUUUAGUGAAAAGCGCUAUAUAAAAUACAUUUUAUUUUCAAUGCAUUAGUUAACAUGAACUAACUGUGAGGAACUAUUGUUAACAAAUGUAAUUUUAUUGUAAAGUAUUACCUACCAAAUUUCAGUUCAUAAAGAUGACGAUGGAGUGACCAACUUAGUUGGUAACAAAAAAGACUCAUGCUUUAAGCGCUAUGUAAUGUAGUGAGGUGAAGGGCUACAACUAAACCCCACUUAACAGAUCUGAAUAUUUAGACGCUUUGCCUCGAAACCUACAACUAAUAUUUAUUUUCCUAAGUAAUGCAUAUUUUGCUCUUUCAGUCAUCCAUCUUUUGAAUUGGUUGUUCUGAAGAGUGUAUUACGAGUCUGAGGCGCACUAUUUACCUCUGUUAACAAGCCUUGAUAACAUCUUAACCAGGUACCAUUUGACAGUGACAUUUAUAUAGUGUUAUGACUGGAAAUAUGGUUGCAUGUUGGGGAUCGAUGAUCCAUAUAAGAUUGCUGUACCUCAUUUUCAAAGUGCCAUUCACAGUAGAGGAUGCUACAUGUGGACCGUUGUGUUCAUUUAGUUUGGUAGUCUCCACUGAUUAGCUUGUGGUCUUCCUUAACUGAAUGUAGUUCACGUCUACUCCAGGUUGUAGAUUUGCUUUUGCUUACUUUUAAGAGGUAGAAUUGCAAAUUUGAAGAUACAUGUUUGGAUUUCUUCAGAUGAAAUUGUGUCUUUUGAUUCGCCCUUUAGUUUAUACGGUCCAUUCCAUAUAACGCUGGAGAACGUGCUGCUAGAGAGCAUGAGGGUCGUCUGAGACUCUUACGCUCACCAGCCUUGCGUCCAAUUCAAAACAAGAAUUAGGAAAAGUUCGUAAAAAUUAGUAAUUUAAAGUAUCUAGAUGAUAUAUUUUUCACUUUUUUAAACCAGUGGUUGUUGGUAAAACCUUUGUCACAAAGUAAUCACACAGAAGAUCAACAAGAAAUUAAAUAUGUAUAUGUGAUCUUGAAAAUGCGUUUCAAGACCGUUAUAAUAUAGCAAAGCAUAUCUGAAUGAAGUGCUCUGAGAAACUUUUAACUUGGAUGUGAACAUAGUUGAAUUUCUCAAUUUUCCUAUUCUGUCAGAGUUGUAAAUAUGUAAAGUAAAAUGAAUGACAGUGAUCGAAGUUACAGCAACCUCUAUGAAUAUUACAGUUUAUAUUAAAUGAAGAAUAUUAAGAAAGCACAUAGAUUUGCUUAACCCAGGCCGUCUCAUAUGACUGAAGGAGUGAUUCUGACACUGUGUUGGGAUUUAAAUGCCUUUCUGUCUCAUUGCUUCAUUGAACUGUGCCUCGUUUUAUUUUAUUUAGUUUUUAUUAUUAUUAUUGCCUUGAGGUAAACACGUUACUUUUUAAGGACUUUUAAAGUAAGUUUAAGUGUGUCACAGGAGACAAUUAUCAAGUUCGUUGCUGCAAUCACUUGAGUUAUUCAAGAGUGUGUGAUGACACCUGAGAUGUUUACUGUGUAAUUAUUACUUUUUGGUCUGUAUGCAGAGGCGAAUUUUGCAUUUUUUGUUUGUUUGUUGUUUAUUUGCAGUGGUGUUACAAUUACAUUGAAUUUAAAACACUAGUUACUGCUGUGAUUUCCUCAUUAUGCAAUAUUUAAUAAACAAUAUUACAGCUUUUGA